AUGAAUAGGUCUCAAGAUCAAAGGUCAAGACCUGCAAAACCUCCUACAAUCCAUACUUGUGCUCUGUCUGCUGAUCUUCUUGGACUUCAGAAGUUACUUCGUGAGAAUCCUUCUCUUCUCAAUGAGAGAAACCCUGUUAUGGCACAAACACCUCUUCACGUUUCUGCAGGUAACAAUAGGGCUGAGAUAGUUAAAUUUCUUCUUGAGUGGCAAGGAUCAGAGAGAGUUGAGAUAGAGGCUAAGAAUAUGUAUGGAGAAACUCCAUUGCACAUGGCAGCAAAGAACGGGUGUAGUGAGGCAGCACAGUUACUUCUUGCACGCGGUGCUUCCGUGGAAGCAAGAGCAAAUAAUGGUAUGACACCUUUACACCUUGCAGUUUGGCACUCAUUAAGAGCAGAAGAAUUCUUAACUGUGAAAAUAUUGCUUGAACAUAAUGCCGAUUGCAGUGCAAAGGACAAUGAGGAAAUGACGCCAUUGAAUCAUCUUUCGCAAGGCCCUGGAAAUGAGAAACUUAGGGAACUAUUAAACAAGCAUCUUGAAGAGCAGAGAAAGAGGCGAGCUAUUGAAGCGUGCGGUGAAACCAAAGCUAAGAUGGAUGAACUUGAAAAGGAACUUUCAAAUAUUGUUGGUCUUUAUGAUCUAAAAAUACAGCUACGGAAGUGGGCUAAAGGCAUGCUUUUGGAUGAGAGGCGUAGAGCUCUUGGUCUGCACGUUGGCACUAGACGACCCCCUCAUAUGGCCUUUCUCGGAAAUCCUGGAACAGGUAAAACUAUGGUAGCGCGGAUCCUUGGGAGAUUACUUCAUAUGGUGGGAAUUCUACCUACUGAUAAAGUGACAGAAGUUCAACGGACAGAUUUAGUUGGCGAGUUUGUCGGUCAUACUGGUCCAAAAACCAGGAGGAAGAUCCAACAAGCAGAAGGGGGGAUUCUUUUUGUUGAUGAAGCUUAUAGGCUGAUACCAAUGCAGAAGGCAGACGAUAAGGACUACGGAUUGGAAGCACUGGAGGAGAUAAUGUCAGUCAUGGACAGUGGAAAAAUCGUAGUAAUAUUCGCAGGUUCAGAGGAACUAGCAACAAUCCUUCACAUCAAGAUGAACAGCUUAGCAGAAGAUAGUUUACUAUUUGGAUUUAAGUUGCAUUCUGAAUGCAGUAUAGAAGCUAUAUCGGCCUUGAUAGAAAGGGAAACAACCGAAAAACAACGGAAGGAAGCGAACGGUGGUUUGGUCGAUACCAUGUUGGUUAAUGCAAGAGAAAGUUUGGACCUAAGACUUAGUUAUGACUGUAUAGAUACAGAAGAACUUCUUACCAUUACAUUGGAAGAUUUAGAAGCAGGUCUUGGCCUAUUAUCACAGUAA